GAUCGGCAGCUUGGAGUCUAAACUGUCUUGGUACAUGGACGAUCACUCUUCGUGUACAGAGGCAAUGAACGAUACGGGGACCUAUGCUUGCAUAAGCAGCAACGGUGAAUGCACCGAUGCCCUUUCUGUUGACAGGGAUGUCACCGUCGGAUAUUAUUGUCGUUGUUCUGGUGGAACUGAAGGCAAUCCCUACCUAACUGAUGGCUGCAAAGGAUCGUCAACAGACGUUACAAUUGCCAAUAUAUAUCCAGCCAACAAUUGUACGAGAAAAUGUGGAAGUGUGGAUAUACCAUUUCCUUUUGGACUUGAUAAUGAAUCGGAUUGCUACAGAGAUUCAUUGUUUGCACUAGUUUGCAACCAAACAACGAGCCCUCCCGUUCUCCAGUAUCAGGACAAAAAUGUGAGCAAGGUAGGCGUGGAAAGGGGAGAACUGUAUCUUAUGGAAGUGAGAAAUUCAUCAGAAGGCCUUACUCUCACUGAAGGGCAUUACGUAUACAGUUGGUUGAUCCCCCAUCAUUCCUGCGAGAAUGCUAGAAUGAAUAAGUCGCUCUUCGCAUGCGUAAGCGAGCACGUCGAAUGCCGCAACAUAAAAGACAGCAAAGGAGAUCAAUUGGGAUACCGUUGCGGGUGUGAGAAAGGUUAUACAGGAAAUCCGUACAUAAUGAAUGGAUGUCAAGAUAUCAAUGAGUGUGAUACUCCUGAGAAAUAUAUCUGCAAGGGGAUUUGUAAGAAUACAGAGGGCAGUUACAAUUGCACGUGUCAACCAGGAACAUAUGGUGAUCCAAUGAUCGGAGGGUGCAUCCCUCAUACCAAGAAGAGAACAGUUACGUUAGCUCUCAUCAUCGCAGCAGGCAAUGUGUGCCUACUACUCUUGUGUGCAAUGUUGGUCAUCCUAAGUAAAAUAUGGAAGAAAAGAAUGCAAAAGCAAAUAAAAGAAAAGAACUUUCACCAGAAUCAUGGUUUAUUGUUGCAACAACUGAUCUCUACAAGUGAACAUGAUGCUGAGAGAACUAAAUUAUUUCCACUGGAAGAGAUAGAAAAAGCAACAAACAAUUUUGAUGAAACUCGCAUGCUUGGUUGCGGAGGGCACGGAGUAGUUUACAAAGGAAUUUUAACAGAUCAACGAGUUGUUGCCAUAAAGAAAUCCACAAAUCUGAGAAAAAGUGAGAUAGAUCAAUUCAUAAAUGAGGUAGCAAUUCUUUCUCAAAUUAAUCAUAGGCACAUAGUGAAGCUUUUUGGAUGUUGCUUGGAGACUGAAAUCCCCUUACUAAUCUAUGAAUUUAUUUCAAAUGGAACCCUAUCACAUCAUCUUCAUGUUCCCAAUGGACAAUCUAAAUUAUCAUGGGAUGAUCGCUUGAGGAUUGCUACAGAAGUUGCAUGCUCACUUGCCUACUUACACUCGGACGUUUCUAUGUCUAUUUUUCAUAGAGAUGUUAAAUCGUCAAAUAUUCUUUUAGACGAUAAUUUGGUUGCAAAAGUAUCUGAUUUUGGAGCUUCAAGAUUUAUUCCACUUGAUCAAAACUAUGUAGUCACUGCUGUACAAGGCACCUUUGGAUACUUGGAUCCUGAAUAUUAUCAAACAAGUGAGUUGACAGAAAAGAGCGACGUAUAUAGUUUUGGAGUCAUUCUCCUAGAACUUUUGACAGGGAAAGCUCCUAUUCACAAAAACGAGCAUGGCAAUGAGGUGAACCUAUCAAAGCAGUUUCUUCAAGCAAUGAGAGAAAAUCAUGCUCUUGAUCUUGUGGAGGAUCAUGUUUUGAAAGAAGGAAAGAAAGAGGAGCUUUUGGAAAUAAUACAAAUGAUAGAAAUGUGCUUGAGGUUGAAGGGAGAGGAGCGGCCUACUAUGAAAGAAGUCGAGUACAAAUUGCAAGGGCUGAGAAGGAUCAGAAUGAUGAAAAAGAGGCUAUCUUCUUUUGCAGAAGACAAUGAAACAACUGAGAAUAACCUCAGUGAUGCAUUUGAUCCUUCGACAGAAUUGGUAGACCAAAGAAAUCAAGGCGUUAAAGGGCAGUCCGGUGUACGAAGCUCCCGCCAACACGGGGUCCCAGGAAAGGGUCUAUUGUACGCAACCUUACUUUGCUUUGCAAGAGGCAUUUUAUGACUAGGUGUUAUCUAUGUAUAUUUUUGACAGAAGGCAUGUACAUAUUUUUAUGAAAACUUUAGUUUUUUUUACUGAUGAUGGUGAAUAGUGACAUCAAAAUUCUAGAGUUGCAUGAACAGGAGAUGAUAUGGAAGCAACAUAAACCGUGGUGCAUCCAUUUCAGGUAAAACUACUUAUUGAACAAGCCAGCCACCUACUAAACUUCCAUUGUUUGAACAUAGUACAAUUUAUGUUUAUCGAAUGCGCAUAGUAUAAUUUGUAUUGUGCCUGGUGGAAGUUACAUCUAUGGCAGCCAUGACAUAGUAAACCGUGGUGCAUCCAUUUCAGGUAAAACUACUUAUUGAACAAGCCAGCCACCUACUAAACUUCCAUUGUUUGAACAUAGUACAAUUUAUGUUUAUCGAAUGCAUAGUAUAAUUUGUAUUGUGCCUGGUGGAAGUUACAUCUAUGGCAGCCAUGA